GUGAAACUCAUCAAUUAGGUGGAGUAAAACUGAAAGUCAUAUGAUUUCCCUGUUUCUGUCUCUCUGUGCGUGUGAGAGAUAAGAGAGAAUGAAGCAGGUAUCGAAGGACCCAUUUGAAGCGGCGUUUGAGGAACAAGAGGAUUCCCCCGCAGUUGCUGUUGAUGGACAACAAGACGAUGUUGACGACGAUUACGAUGGUAUUGAGAUCGCUGCUGCUGGCCCUUCCACCUCGACUUCCACAUCAACAGCCCCAACACCACCAGUCUCUGUCGCCAAAUCCAAUGCAAAGAGCAAAGACGAUGACCAGGAGGAGGAAGAGGAGGAGAACAUGGAUGUUGAGCUCUCCAAGUUGCCCUCCGCUGCCGAGUCCGACCCUGAUAAAAUGGCCAAGAUGCAGUCUAUUUUAUCACAAUUCACAGAGGAACAGAUGAGUAGGUAUGAGUCCUUUAGGAGAGCUGGAUUUCAGAAAUCCAAUAUGAAAAGGUUGCUAGCAAGCAUCACUGGAACCCAGAAAAUUUCCAUCCCAAUGACAAUAGUAGUGUCAGGGAUAGCAAAAAUGUUUGUUGGUGAACUUGUUGAAACAGCUAGAAUGGUUAUGACAGAGAGGAAAGAAUCUGGUCCAAUCAGACCUUGCCACAUCAGAGAAUCAUUUAGAAGAUUAAAGCUUGAAGGCAAAGUACCAAAGAGAUCAGUUCCAAGGCUCUUUCGGUAGAUUGACCAGAUACAGUUUUUGGGGCUGACUGCACAGGUCAAUUUGACUGCAGAGUUGAGAUGCAGUACAGUACUGGUAAAAAUCAGAUGCCUGAACCUCUGCUCUUCAUCAGCGCUUGGGCCCUGGGGGCAUCUCCCUUCCCAAAGUGCAUACCAGGAACAGCAGGUCUUGUCCUGAUCGAUGUUGAAAAUCUCAUAUUUCAUUGUUGUAUUAAACUGACAUUUUGAUAUAGUAGAGGUGAAUCAAGUAUUGGGUGUAGAUUUUUUUUUUUUUUUUUUUUUUUUUUUUUUUUGUAUAGCUUGAAAGUCACGAUCCUUGAUUAGCCUUUACUGUUUAUGUUCCCAUAUAUGCCCCGAUGCCGGUGGAUUUCAUUGUGCCAUGUCUUUUUCUGAUUUUCUUUUUCGGCCGGAUGGAUGUAAUUGCGCCAUUGAAGCCCCAUAUUUGAUUCACUUCUUUUUUUUUUGUUGGCAACUUCAUCGCAUUUUUCCUA